GCUUUAAGCGCAUUAUUUUACCGUCAUUUGGAUGAGCAUUUUAUUUUUGCGGAGAAAAAGCAUCCACACGAGUUUCAAGUGUGUUCCAAUCGGUUGCAUUUUAACAAGUGCACUUAAAGCUCUGUGAAAAGAAGCUGAAGCAUUAGCACUGAGCACUUGGCACAUCUUUCAUUUUUAUGAUUAUUAUUAUCAUGAUGUCUUGAAGUUUGAGCCCAUGUGUGCAUAAUUUAGCAUUGGCAGUCUCAGACGGCUUGCUUUGCCUUCUUGAAAUACAUGCGUAAUAGAUGAAGAUGGAAGGAUCUAACCAGCCCGUGAAGACUGCUUUGACAGACUUUUUGAAGUCACACAAUAUAGAAGAUGUGGAUGGCUCUGUGGAUGACAUCGUCCUGGACUAUGUGGUCAGUAUCCUGGAAGAUUUAGGUCAGGCCGAUGUCGCUGAUGACAUGGAUGUGGAUGGCUUCAUUGAGAUGAUGGAGGCCUAUGUCCCAGGGUUUGGAGCCAUUGAUAGCGUUCGAGUUUGUGAGUGGAUGUUCGAGUUAGCUGGAAAGUCUUCCAAGUCGGACACGUCAGACAAGGUAGGGGCUGUACUGUCGUUAAAGCCAGUGGAGCUACAGAGUCCUAAUGAGCAUAAGGCAGGCAAAUUGGCAUUGAUUGUUAAUGGUGGAUCAGAUGCAGAAUCUAAGAGUUUGUCACUUCAAGAUGAAGCACCUGAUCCAAAAAUUGAAAUACUGCUUGAAAUGUUUCCCAACUCCUGUGCCCUAGAGGUAACACAUUGUCUGGUGAUGUCUAGUGGUGACACGGAUAGUGCUGCUCAACUCAUCCUGCACAGACAACAGAAUGGAGACGCUAUCACUGAAGGCUCUCCACAGUACAGGGAAAGGAAUGUCUUAAGCCCGAAAAAAGAUGAUAAGAAAGUGAGAGAGCAGAUGCUGGCAAAAUAUGCCUACAUUGAUGAACAUGAUGACAGAGUUGUCCAUAAACCUAUCACUCCCAAACAGUGUCCAAAGAAAAUGGUGCGAUACUUAGAUGGACGGGUUGUCAGUACCAAAGGAGAGCGAUUCACAGAGGUGAAGAAGGAAGAAGAUGAGGAAAUGAAGAAAACCUACGUCAACUUGAAACCAGCAAGAAAGUACCGUUUCCACUGACGAAGGCCAAGGGCAGGAUGGGCAGUGAUACUGGUUACCACGGUGAUAGUGUCAGCCAUCAAAUUGAUUGACAGCUGUCUACAUUCUGCUAACUUCAUGUAUGCUGACGCUAAAUUACAUAAGACUCUGCAGGUCUCAGAAACUUUUGCUCUAUACAUUAAGAUGAAGAAGUUUGUGCUUUGGCUAUGGGUGCUGUUAACCCUCGUGGCACUAGAUGUUCUUUGCACAGCAUUUCACAGGUCUCCCUUGUGUCUUUCUUGGGUAUGUACCCCAUCAGUGCAUCUGCUUCAUCAGAAAUCAAGGCAUUCUGUGACAUGAACUUUUGUAUGGAAUCAAUUUGAGUGUACAGUUACUCGUAGAUGUACAUAAACUGUUUUGC